AUCAGUAACUUCCUCUGUAGCAAACAAACAAGAGGUGAUUGGCUGGAAGAAGGUGGGAUGGCAUUGGUGUUACAGCGUUUCUGUUGGGAAUUUGUUUGUGUCGGGGGGGUUUCUUAGUGUGUGUGGUUUAUUUUACUGAGGUGUCCUAACUAGUGGAAUGACAUUACACAUUGAUUGUCUUUGAUAAAAGUAAUUGGACUGGAUCUUCUUUUCAUCCUCUGUCUCAGACUGACAUAUAGGCGGCUCCUCCGGGCAUGCUCCUUAAGCCAAAGUAUGGCCGCUUUCGCAACGAGUCUGUGACCUCCUCCGACGACCUGAUGCAGAGCUUAGCAAUGAGCGGCAAAGUUGUGGCCACACCGGUGGUCUCCUCCUCCGCCACAAGCCUUCCUCUGCCUCCCUUGCCUCCUCUGCCUCCCCUGGAUCACAGUGCCAGAUCAUCCUCCUCUGCCGGGGCUGCAGCCCUGGCUGACUCUCCUUGCCUUGAUGGGGAACAGGAUGCCACCACAACCUUCUGCAUGCUCAUCCCUAGGAUGCCCCAGUGGAAGUUCUCCAACUCCCUGCUUAGCCGGAGCCCAUCCAACUCCAGCUCCAACUCCAGCAAGGACUCAGGGAAGGCAGCAGCAGCUCCUUCCCAGGCCUCUGUCUCGCAUGGUUCAUCACCACACAGGCACAGUGGUGCAACCUCAGCUAGUGGCCCGGUGGCAAGUCUCGCAGCGGUGCUUAACUCCUGUGACCCUGUGUGUGUCACCUCCUGUUCUUUGCAGGCCAUUCGAGGGCAGAGAGCAGUUGCGGCAGUAAACUUGGCCAGUCAAGGGGGGCACGGAUUUGGGGCCACAGAGGCCAUGGCGAGUCCUGGGGGUUCCAGCAGCUCCCGGUCAGGAAUGAACCGCAGGACAAGGGUGGAAGGCAUGUGGCUGGAGGGAGAGGACUUUACCCAGAAGGGUAGCUUCAUCAAUAAACCCUCUCAAGGCUGGCUGCACCCUGACAAGAAGAUUGCAGGACCAGGGGCUUCGUAUAUUGUCAGGUACAUGGGAUGCAUUGAAGUACUGAAGUCAAUGCGCUCCCUGGACUUCAACACACGGACUCAGGUGACAAGGGAAGCCAUCAACAGGCUGUGUGACACUGUGCCAGGGGGAAAGGGAGCUUGGAGGAAGAAGGCCCAGAACAAAGCUCUCCAGUCCGUUAUGGGGAAGAGUAACCUGCGAUUUGCAGGCAUGAGCAUUGCAGUCAAUAUUUCCACAGAUGGCCUUGGUCUGCUUAUUCCUACUACACGACAGGUGAUAGCACACCAUCCCAUGCAGUCCAUCUCAUUUGCUUCGGGGGGAGACACAGACACGCCUGAUUAUGUUGCGUAUGUGGCCAAAGACCCAGUGAAUCAGAGAGCAUGUCACAUCCUGGAGUGUUCAGACGGUUUAGCCCAGAGUGUAAUCAGUACCAUCGGCCAAGCCUUCGAGCUGCAGUUCAAACAGUACCUGCACAGUCCUCCCAAAACCAUGACGUCUAUCGAGAGGUCUGUCAGGACAGAAGAGCCAAUGUGGGGGGACGAUGAGGACUUCUCUGAGCAUAACUACUACAACAGCAUCCCAGGGAAGGAGCCUCCUGUUGGGGGAGUGGUGGACUCCAGGCUCAAGCCCAGCGGAUCCCUGCUGGGUCACAUCCACACACAACCACAGAGCAAGACAGCAGCACAGAUGGGCUCAGCAGCGAGGAGGGAGCAAGCGUCUUAUCCCCCUGGUCAGCUGUGCUAUGAACUGCACUGGGACACUGAGACGACCAGCAGCUCAGCUCUGACAUCAGAUGGUUACCUGUGUGCUGACGGCCAGCCACCCGGCAGCAGAGAUUACGAGGAGCAUCAGUACGUUAACACCCAGAGUCUGGAAAACCUGGAUUCACUGGCACAUGGGCCUAAUGGACGCAAAGGGCCCAGGGCACCCGACAGUCCCAAAAAAGACAUCUUUGACAUGAGGCCCUUUGAGGAUGCCCUGAAGCUCCAUGAGGCCUGUGGAGGAGCUGUUGGGGCUGGCGUGGGAGGUGUCCUGGUCCUGGAGGACCAGUGGCCAAGCCCUCCACGCCGCCGAGCCCCGGUGGCACCAAAUGAGGAGCAGCUCCGUCGGGAGACGUGGUACCACAGCCGCAUGAGUAGGCGAGACGCAGAGAAAAUCCUGGUCCGAGAUGGAGAUUUCCUGGUCCGGGAGAGCACUACCAACCCAGGACAGUAUGUGCUAACCGGCAUGCAUUGUGGUCUGCCCAAACACCUGCUGCUGGUCGACCCAGAGGGAGUGGUCCGAACCAAAGACAUGUUAUUUGAGAGCAUAAGCCACCUCAUCUCAUACCACCUUAAGAAUGAGCUGCCUAUUGUAGCAGCAGAGAGUGAGCUCCACCUCAAACAGGUGGUCAGGAGGAAACAGUGAGCCACCUGGCCCCGCAUGGGAUGCUGGAUUCUUGAGUUCCCAUGCAAAACCCACAGCAAAUAAACAAACAUGGAAUUAAUUAAUCCCGGAUGGAUAUUUAUAUGGAACAAAGGUCAUCACUGAUACUUUCUUUCCAUGAACAAUUCAGCUAAGGAGAGUCUACUUCCUCUGCUUACCAGGAUCAACCAAACUAUCCACCACCUGUCAUAAACUCCUCAGCAUGCAGCUAUUAAGCUAACAAAUCAACCAGAAUACAUAUUUUGACUACUUUCAGAGCCGUAAAAGUUGUCAAAUCAAGGUCAAAAAUGAAAGCACUGACUGUUUGAAGAGGACCCAACUUCGGGACAUCAAAUAUUAAUUGGAUGCGCGGAGCCCUACAAUGACUGUAAUAGUGAAGUGCUUCCAGUGUACCAUGGCUUGCCCAACCAGUCAGUCACAGAUCAUCCACCGAACAAAUGGACAUGACUAGAACAACACUGUUAUAAUCUGGUACAGAUGCUGUUUAAAAAAAACUAAAGAUGUCAGGAUACUCAGUAGUUCAUUUCCGUGUAAAUGGAAGAAAUGAAAAUACUGUUACUAUAAGAGACAACUGAAGAAAUGUCUGAUUCAUUUGAAUGUAAAGUUUGUUGUUACAUGUUCACAGGUCUGGAGUACCUUACCCUGAGAUGGCACAAUGUAAACACACUGAGCAUGAUUCAAUGCUGGAUUUAUGAAAUAGCCACCCAUACUUCUGCUUUUUUUUCUCCAUGAUAAUUGAGGCACCAAAUCUCACUUUGAAGAAAGAAAAAUGAAUCCAUACUAUCUUCAUACAGUACAGCCAAGUGGACCUACUGUACAUUGUCUUGAAGGUUUUUUUCACAUUAUCAGUAAUGUCAGUCAUUUGCAUUGUGUUUGUAAGGGCUAUUCAUAAUUUGUUAAAGACAUGCUGUAUGUGUUAUAUAAGCCUGUGAACAUUAUUGGUUGGACUCUACGCAAAUACUACAUGGGUUUAAAACUCAGCAUACAAACUCAGUAUCUCCAUGCCUGUAUUCCCACAGCCCCUCCAACUUCAGUGCCUUAAUAACUACAGAGACAGGCAUUUGUGUCAGAGUGUAUAUAAUGUGCAUUUAUGCUCCUAGACACUAGUUUUCUUGCCAUGCCAAUGAAUGGCUGAACAAACUUCAGGAUGAUUAAGCUCUUAUAAUUGUGAACAGUCAUGUAAGCUUCUCUUGUUUUUGGGGUAGAUGUUUAAUACUGUCUUGUUGUUUAAUGACUGUUAUUGUCUUUGUGUCCCUCAUAACAAUAACAAAUCCUAGAUGGAACUCCUCUACAGUGAUUGAUAUAAAAGAAAGGGGAUUUAGACUUGAAAUUAAAUCCUUUAUGUGUCAGAGAAAUGCAUUGCUUUAUUGAUUGUCCUCAUCCCACGUCAGGACCUCCACUGUUCUUGGAUGCAGCCUCACGAAUGCACAGAGGGACAAGGCGCGCUACGAGGCUUUUGGUGAGGUCCAAAUGAUUAAUGUGAUUAUAUCAGAUCUCCCCUUUUUCUUUCUCAGGAAUUUCUUGGAUCUGUUCUUCUUUGAUUAACUUUAAUGGCUUUUUGUCAAUAAAACUAAUUGAAAAGAGGGUACAAUUCAAA